AAAUUUUUAUUUUACAAAAUUUUUAAGGAAAAAUGAAGUUCAUUUGGUUUAGCAUCCUGUUUGUGCAAUGCAGUGGUAGUUUCUCAUACUUGAUUCAUGACAAAUCUACUGAGCAAUACGAAGAAAAGUUUUUUGAUCAGUAUAUUGACCAUUUUAAUUACCUUGGCCAAGCUGGUGCGAAUGGAAUGUACAAACAAAGAUACCUAAUUUCAGAUAAAUAUUGGACAAAAGGAUCUGGGCCAGUGCUGUUUUAUACUGGAAACGAAGGGGACAUAGUCAAUUUUUGGGUUAACACUGGCUUUGUUUUUGAACUGGCACAAAAGUUGAAAGGACUGGUUGUAUUUGGAGAACAUCGUUAUUAUGGAAAGUCUUUGCCAUUUGGAAAUGUCUCACUUACACCAGAAUAUAUUGGUUUUUUGAGUAUGGAACAAGCGCUGGCUGAUUAUGCAGUUUUGGUCAAGUUUGUUCAAAAAGAUAUGGGAGCUCAAAAUUGUUCUGUUUUCUCAUUUGGUGGAAGCUAUGGUGGACUUUUGACUGGAUACAUGCGAUACAAAUAUCCUCACAUCAUCUCUGGUGGAGUAGCAAGUAGUGCUCCGUUUUUUACUAUUGCUGGCAAUCGACCAAGAUCAGAGUUUUUUGAAGCUGUAACUGAGACCUUUCGUAAAUCUGAUCCCAGCUGUCCAGCAAGUGUCCAAGAAGGCUUCUCAGCAUUAAUGGACCUUUUUAAUGCUGGAGCAGAAGGUCUUACAAAAAUAGAAGAGACUUUUCACCUCUGUCCAGGUCAAUUCUCAAAGAAAUAUAUUGAGAAAAAUGUACUGGCUUGGGCAAGAAAUGCUUUCACAUUACUUGCAAUGGUAGAUUAUCCAUAUCCAGCAAAGUUUAUGGCAGAUCUACCUGGACACCCUGUCAAUCUUGCUUGUUCUUAUAUGACUGGCAAAGACAAACUUGCUGGAUUGGCAAAUAUCACUCAAUUGUUGUAUGGAUCAAAGGUCUCGUGUCAUGAUACUUAUAGUGAAUAUGUGGCUUGCUCUGAUCCAACAGGUUGUGGUACUGGCCCUGAUGCUCCUCCAUGGGAUUAUCAGGCAUGCACAGAAAUGAUUUUACCUGGUGGCAGUAACAAUAAAACAGAUAUGUUUCCUCCUCUUGAUUUCACUUUGGAUAUGCGAAGACACUACUGUACAGGAAAAUGGGGGCUUGGAUAUUCACGAUUGGAUUGGAUCGGAACCAACUACUUCAAUUCUCCUAAUGAUGUUAAGAAGGCAUCACGCAUUAUAUUCCCAAAUGGUGAUUUAGACCCUUGGAUGCCUGGAGGUGUCCUUGAAAAUUUGUCUGAUUCUUUGAUUGCUGUUUUGGUUGUAGGUGGAGCACAUCAUUUGGAUCUAAGAGCAUCAAAUCCUGCUGACCCACCAUCUGUUAUUCAAGCCCGAGAAACCAUAACAAAAUAUAUUGUCCAGUGGAUGGCAGAAGAUGAAAUUUAUCGAAAGAAUAAACAGCAUUAUUUUUGAACAAAAUUUACUAUAUGGAACUGUCGUAAAAACUCUUAAUUAUGAGAAAUAUAAUCGUAAAAUAAAACACAAUUACGAAAUGUAUUCUUAGAUUUUCAUACAUUUGACACUAGUUGUAAUUAUAAUUUCCUAAUAUCUUUUGAAUUUUUGUAGUAAAUCUUCUUAUGAGAAAAAAAUGAAAGAAUUUGCA